AUGACUUGUUGGAAACACUACUACAAUGAACCUCUGCCAACACAAGAAGAACUUUGCCGUGAGACUGGUGCGAUGUGCGGAUAUGUGGAAAAAGGUCUACCCAGAUCACAAUGGGAAAAAAGACUAGCCGUGAUUACUCGAGACCACAAUCUCGUCAUUUACAAGUAUUACUUACUGGACAUAUGCCCUGGAGAACCACUCAUGGGCAAAAUAUAUGAACUUGACAAAAUCAAGAGCUUGCAUAUCGAAACAAUACCAGGCGGUGGCGUCAUAGCCAGCAUUCAAACAAAGGAUGGCAAAAAGGUAAAACUGCGAUUAACAGGAGGAGACGCAAAUGCGUGGGCCGCCAAGUUUAUUCAGACAGCGACUUCACCCUCACAAUCGAAUCACAGCAAGUUUUCAUACAGUGCAACACUGCCUCCUUCCGUAGCUUCUGUGGAUGAAUAUGGAGGGAGCGGAACGAGUACUACGAGGCGAGUUGAUUUGCCAAGCAUCAUUGUUAGUAGAGCUGAGACAGAACGAGCACGAGGAGGAAAAGAGGAAGAUAUGGACUUCUCUAGUCUUGUUCAUUCCAUUCUGACGCCAUCAACUCGACCGUCAGAUACGAAUGCAGUGCGAAAUCAACUGGACGAGCUUAUUAGACGACAUAUGAUGGAUGACGCUGUUGGGAAGGGAUUGGAUUUGUCACCUUCGUCACGAAUAGAUGCGGCUGCUGUGCGGAUUUCUAAGGUAUUCGAAUGCAACAAUCUUAUUUAG